GAUGAGGGCGUUGCGUGAUGACGUGCGCGGGCGGGCCGGGCCGGACGGGAGGUCGCGGAGAUGUCCGGAGAUGGCGGAUGGCGCGCAGCUGAAGCACAUGGUGUUGUGCUUUAGAGUGUCGGAGCUGCAAGUGCUGCUGGGUUUCUCGGGACGCAACAAGAGCGGCCGCAAGCACGAGCUGUUGACCAAAGUGCUGUACAUGCUGAGGACGGGCUGCAGUCCCGGCGUGCAGAUGAAAAUCAAGGAGCUGUACAGGCGACGCUUCCCCCGCAAGAGCCACACCGCUGCCAUGGAGAUGCCGCUGCAGGCCGCGGCGGGGCUGCCCCCCUCCAGCGGGGCGGGCCUGUCCCUGGCCGGCCCGUCCCCCCAGCUGCACUACAGCGCCGCCUCCGCUCUGCUCUCGCCGCUGCUCGCCCCCCUCGGCCUGCUCGCCCCCAAGCGUGAGAUCGACCUGCAGCACCUCUCCCCGCCCGUGCACCCGGACGUCAAGAUGCGCAGGCUGCCCUUCUACGACAUCUACGACGAGCUGACCAAGCCGACAACGCUGGCCUCGAACACCGGGCAGCGUUUCGAGGAGGCUGUCGUCAUGUUUGCGUUAACGCCGCAGCAGGUGCAGCAGAUCUGCUCGUCCAGAGACCUGUUACUGGGAGCGAAAGGUGAUCACACCAUCCAGGUACAGCUACGGUUCUGCUUGUGUGAGACCAGCUGCCCGCAGGAAGAUUAUUUCCCUCCCAAUUUGUUCGUGAAAGUCAACAGGAAGCUCUGCCCUUUGCCGGUAAGUGCCCCCGAAAACAUCAUAUACGGAUGCAGGUUGAGGCGGGCUGGACGGGAGAAUGAUGAUGUAAACUCCACUGGGGCUGAUGGUUUUUUUUGUCUCUCUGCCUCUCUUCUAGUCAAGGAGAAGCUGACCGCCGACCCCGACAGUGAGAUCGCCACAACAAGUUUACGAGUGUCGCUUAUCUGCCCCCUGGGGAAGACGCGCCUCCACGUGCCGUGCCGAGCGCUGACCUGCACGCACCUGCAGUGCUUCGACGCCGCGCUCUACCUGCAGAUGAACGAGAAGAAGCCCACCUGGGUCUGCCCCGUGUGUGACAAGAAGGCACCCUACGACAGCCUGAUCAUCGACGGGCUCUUCAUGGAGAUCCUCAACCUGUGCACGCACUGCGACGAGAUCCUGUUCAAGGAGGACGGCUCCUGGAGCCCGAUGCAGCCCAAGAGGGUGAAGCAGGAGCCGCUGUGGUCCUCGUACAGCGGCGCUGACGCAGGCGGCGCUGCGGUCCAGGACCCGUUCUCCCGCAGGAGGUGCUGCGCCCAGCGCGGUAGUUCCACGGCCGAGGUGAUUGACCUCACGCUGGACAGCUCCUCGGACGAGGAGGAGCCCCCCGUCAAGAGGCACUGCCACGUGGUGACGUCCACGCACCUGGCCUCCGUCAACAAGCAGUUCCUCAGCCUCCACCAGCUGCCUCCGGCCCACCAGAGCCCGGCAUCCACCGCCGUCUCCACCGACUACCUGCCCUCGCUCUCCAUCCCGGAGUAUCAGCUCUCCUAUCACAUGCCUCCGCUGCCCUCAGACUUCCAAGGUUUGGACUUAUUUUCCUUCCUUCAAGUGGACAACCAGAACCAGCGCUCGGUGAUCAGCAGCAGCUCGGAUGAGCUGGACCCCAUGCACGCUUCGCUCAGCCACUUCUUCCCCUUCACCUCAUCGCCCCAGUACCUGGAGCCCUUGCUGAGCCCAGCCCGCACCAUGCACGGGAGCGCAGGACGGGAGCAGCAGCAGCAGUGGCGCUGGCGGUGGUGGCGGUGGAGGCGGCAUCAUCUCCGGCAGCAUCGCCCGCGACAACGGCCCCGCCACUCACACCGAGACCGGAGCUACAGCGGCCAACAUACUCGAUGUCAUCUCCUUAGACUAAUGGGACUGUCCAACAGAGAGCAGACACGCACGCUCACACACACACGCGCACACACGCACACACACACAUAAGCACACACAUAUACGCUCACACACACGCACACACACAUACACACACGCACACGCACACACACAUACACGCUCACACACACACUCAUACACACACACACGCACACACACACAUACACACGCACGCGCACACGCACGCACACACAUACACGCUCACGCACACUCAUACACACAAACACACACACACACGCUCACACUCAUACACACACACACACACGCACGCACAUGCACGCAAACUCACGCACACAAACUCCCACUCCCACGCAAACACACAUACACACGUAUGCGCACACACUCACUCGCGCACUCACACACACGCACGCAUACACGUACGCACACACAUACACUCACACACGCACACGCACACACACAUACACUCAGACACGCACACAUACACACAGACACACACACACACGCUCACACAUA